AUGCCUAUGAAUCGCGAUAAGUGCUGUGUUCUCCCGAUCGGUGAUCAGGAACCUUUCGGUGCUUACCACAUCGGUGGAUUUCUGUUGAAGAAUGUGGUUGGUGAAAAGGAUUUGGGUGUACUUAUUUCUGCAAACAUAAGAACAACCCAGGACACGUUGCGGAAGAUAGCAUCUGCCACCAGGAUGCUCUGUGCCAUACGAAGGUCGUUCUACAAAUUGACUCUGCAGAACUUCAGGCUCCUGUUUUUCUCCCACGUUCGUCCAAUACUGGAAUACAGCCUACCUGCCAUACACCCACUCACGAAAUUUGCAUAUGAGUCGAUUGAGAAGGUUCAGAGGGGCGGAUCCAACUUAUGCUUUGCCUGCGACUGCUUGCGCUCUAAUAUGCCUAAGUCCAAGAAAGCUGCAAAGGGCGGAAAUACCGGCAAGCCUGGAGCCACAGGCUGUGUAAAAAACAGGAACGAAUCAUCAGUUAUUGUGGAGAAGCAGUCAAAAGCGGGAACUUGCGUGAAGGUACGUCAUAUACUUUGUGAGAAACACAGCAGAUGCUUGGAGGCUCUGGAGCAACUUCGAAAGGGGGUACCAUUUAACCAAGUUGCCGAAGCUUACAGUGAGGACAAGGCUCGUUCCGGUGGUGAUCUUGGAUGGAUGACGAGAGGAUCAAUGGUUGGCCCGUUCCAGACUUUUUCCACCAGGCUACAAAGUUCUUUGGAAGAACACGUGCGAUGGUCGAAAUCCCGCCACCUAAUGCUGAAUGCAUCUAAGUGCAAUUUCAUUGUUUUCACUUCAUAAAGCUGCUCGGUACCGAGAAUUUAAGCUCUUGACAGCUCGAACUUCUGUACAUCGGUCUCUUAGAUUCACGACUGUCAGCGCACGUGAAUAU